CUCCAGCUCGGGACCCGGACAGACUCUGGCCGCAGACUCUGAAUCUUCAACCUCCCGAGCGCUGAUCACCGGAGACCGACACACCGUUUGGAGAGAUAAUGGCAAGCAGUGUCCUCCAUUAAUCAUUCAUCAAAGGAUUUGUGCUUUCACAGUGUCAGAAUGCCGCAGGCUCAGAUCCUCUCCAGGUUUCCUCUUCAGAGGAUACUCAUCCUUCCACUGUGUGUUCUGUUUGCAGUUAUGGCAGAGGAGAGAAGAGACUGCAGGGAACAGGAAUACAAGGAUAAGUUUGGGAGCUGUAUUCCCUGCCGGCAGUGCGACGCUGGACAAGAGCUCUCCAAGGAAUGUGGCUUUGGCUAUGGGGAGGAUGCCCAGUGUGUGCCCUGCAGAGCCAGUCGCUUCAAAGAGGACCGCAGCCUGCAGAAAUGCAAGCCCUGUCUGGACUGCUCGCUGCUCAACCGCUUCCAGAAGGGGAACUGCUCCACUACAAACAACGCCGUAUGUGGAGACUGUCUGCCCGGGUUUUACAGAAAGACAAAGUUGCGUGGAUUUCAGGAUAUGGAGUGUAUCCCGUGUGGAGAUCCACCACCACCAUAUGAAACUCACUGUAUGGGCCGGGUGAAUCUGGUGCCUCUGCCGUCCACAGUGAGCAGUCCUCGAGACAUGGCUCUGGCCGCUGUGAUCUGCAGUGCUCUGGCCACUGUCCUCCUGGCGCUCUUCAUCCUCUGUGUGAUCUACUGUAAGAGACAGCUGCUGGAGAAGAAACCAGUGUCGAUGAGGGCUCAUGAGGGCCCGUUCCUGGGCUCGGAGUUGUCCUGUUUGGACCGGAGAGUGCUGGAGUUUUCCCAGCGGCCCUGCUGUCACUGCACUCAUGGAUCAGGACAGACAAGCGGUGGUGUUCAGCUGGUGUCGUCUGUGUGUUGUGAGGACGUCUGGAAUCAAAACAGAAGACGAGAUGCUCCAGCUUUUCACUCACACUGCAGCAUCACUGACAAUGGCAGGCUGACGAACGAGUCGGUGGGCAGUCAGACUGAUGUGGCCUGUGCUCCUGAUGAAGUCUGGCCGCUCGUUCAGUCUAGAAGAAUCACAGACAGUCUCCAGCCCAAUAUGAGGAGCUCCUCAUGUGAAGAGGAUGAGGAGGAGGAUCUGCAGAUCUCAGAUCAGCGAACUCCCGAAGAGCCUGAGGAUGCCUCACACAGACCACUAAUACAGCAGACCACUGACACUGAAGGAUGAGCUGCUCUAAUCUCAGCGGCUGUUGUUCUCGGAGAGCCUUUCUGAAGGUGGAAGAAGCAAAAGGAAGAUCCAACCUCAGAUUAAAGCAGGCCACACACACUGAAGACAACGGCUGACGAAAGACACUUUAUUAAUGUCUAAACAAAACCACACUCCACGUUUAGCACUGACUGCAUAAAACCCAGCUUUUGCAGUCGACCUGAAUGGAGUCUGCAUUGCUGUUUUAAAGCACAUUCCAGUGCUAUAGAUCAAACUGCGCUUGUAUAUGUAUCUGUGUGUGUGUUCAACAAUGUGGUCAAUUGUAAAAGACCGGGUUUACAUCUAACGAUUCAAACUUUGUUUCUCAAAUUUGUUUACGUAUUGCAGUUCUGACUUUUGACUUUUUCCCAUAAUGAUAAUUUACAUUCAAUUGAAUAUUGAUUUUCUUUUUAUAUCUCACCGUUGCAAAAAUUAUCUUUUACAGAAUUCAUAAAUAUAUACACUCACUGGCCACUUUAUUAGGUACACUUACUUGUACCAGGUUGGACCCCCUUUUGCCUUGAGAACUGCCUUAAUCCUUCGUGGUAUAGAUUCAACAAGUUAUACUUGAACAUUUCCUCCAUUUUGGUCCAUGUUGACAUGACAGCAUCACACAGUUGCGACAAAUUUGUCGGCUGCACAUGGCUGCAAUCUCCCGUUCCACCACAUCCCAAAGCUGCUCUAUUGGAUUGAGCUCUGGUGACUGUGGAGGCCAUUUGAGUACAGUGAACUCAUUGUCAUGUUCAAGAAACCAGUCUGAGAGGAUUCACGCUUUAUGACAUGGCGCGUUAUCCUGCUGGAAGCAGCCACCAGAAGAUGGGUACACUGUGGUCAUAAAGAGAUAGAAAUGGUCAGCAGCAAUACUCAGGUAGGCUGUGGCGUUGACAUGAUGCUCAAUAGGUACUAAUGGGUCCAGAGUGUGCCAAGAAAAUAUCCUCCAUACCCUUACACCACCACCAGCCUGAACCCUUGAUACAAGGCAGGAUGGAUCCAUGCUUUCAUGUUGCUGAUGCCAAAUUCUGACCCUACCAUCCGAGUGUCGCAGCAGAAAUCAGACCAGGCAACGUUUUUCCAAUCUUUUGUUGUCCAAUUUUGCUGAGCCUGUGUGAAUUGUAUUCUCAGUUUCCUGUUCUCACCUGACCGGAGUGGCACCCGGUGUGGUCUUCUGCUGCUGUAGCCUAUCUGCUUCAAGGUUGGACAUGUUGUGCGUUCAGAGAUGAUCUUCUGCAUACCUCACUUGUGACAAGUGGUUAUUUGAGUUACUGUUGCUUUUCUAUCAGCUCGAACCAGUCUGGCCAGUCUCCUCUGGCAUCAACUAGGCAUUUGCAGUUUCUGAAAUACUCAGAGCAGCCCAUCUGGCACCAACAACCAUGUCACGUUCAAAAUCACUUAAAUCACAUUUCUUCCCGUUUCUGAUGCUCAGUUUGAACUGCAGCAAAUAGUCUUGACCAUGUCUACAUGCCUAAAUGCAUUGAAUUGCUGCAAUGCGAUUGGCUGAAUAGAAAUUUGCGUUAACGAACCGUUGGACAGGUGUACCUAAUAAAGUGGCCAUUGAGUGUGUAUGUAUGUAAAAGACAACGCAAUUAUAAAAAAAAAGAAAGUCAGAAUAGCGAGAUGUAAACUUGAAAUUUGGAGAGUAAACGUGCUAAAAUUGCUCAAAAUAAAGUCAGAAUUGUGAGAAGAUGGAUUUGGAAGAAAACAAACAAUUUCAGUGGUUCGAAAUAAAAGUUGCAAUUCUGAGAAAAAAAGAAAUGUGCAGAUUAGAGAAAUCAAGUUGUGUGUAUACAGUAUGUUCACCAGCGUGUUGAAUUGUAGAUAUUGUAUUAUAGGAAAUAGAAGGACAAUAUUUUUAUAAUGUAGAUACUCAUCCUGUGCCCUCAGUCUUGCUGUAUGCUCUUUUCUUAUGGAAAUUGACCCAUCAAAUGUUAAAU